ACGUCGAUCGUCGAAUUGGAAUCGGCCAUUGUUUGUGAUUUGUCAGUGCAGUGAAAAAUCUUCAAGAUAGCUCUUUUUUUUAUCUUAUUUAGUGCAAUUUAUAGUAUAUUCACUAUCAAUUGAGUACAAUCACUGAAGGGCAUACCGCUUGGUGUUGUUAUUGAACGAGAAAGUGCGCGACAAAGCAAUUAAAUCGGACACAAAUUCAGGAACUGGAGAGAUUGUAAGACAAUAAAAUGGCCAGCCAAGAUGGAGCAGCUUCAGGAUCUUCCGGCACUAACAAUUUUCCCAUUUUGCCGCCGCCGCCUGGUAGCAACAGUGCGGCUCCCGGCGGAGGAGGUGGACAGGCGAAUGCGGGCAAUAAACGCCUGCAGCAGACUCAGGCACAGGUGGAUGAAGUGGUGGGAAUUAUGCGGGUAAAUGUGGAGAAGGUGCUGGAGCGUGAUCAGAAGCUGUCAGAAUUGGAUCAGAGGGCAGAUGCCCUUCAGCAUGGGGCAUCGCAGUUUGAGCAGCAGGCGGGAAAGCUCAAGAGGAAGCAUUGGUGGGCGAAUAUUAAGAUGAUGAUCAUCAUGGGGGUUAUUGGAGUUGUUCUUCUUAUAAUUAUUAUCGUUCUCCUCAUCCCUAAUUAAAUGUAUACUAUCGCAAUAUAUACAUUGCAAUGAAAAAAAAACACAAGUACUCUAUCAACUUACAUUUAAAAUAAACUACCGUGAUCUUUCCAUAAAUUUUCGUGUGCUGUGUUUGUAGAUAGAAAAAGAAUGGUGAAAAGAAGGCAGGAAAAAGGGCGAGAGACUGAGUGAAAAAUCGCCAUUUCGCGAAUGAAUGUUAAAUGGAAUUAUAUGUCUCUUCUAUGUAUAACAAAGUCUUAGCUGUAAAUUUUAUGCUGAAAAUAUCACAGAAAAAAAUCUCUCACCUUUUAGAUUAAAAUGUAAAAAAGAUUUGUUGCAUUAGGAUCUAUUCUUUUAUUUACUGUCCAUCGUUUCGUGUGAGGAAGAGUUGGAAAUUCAGAGUUAACUUUUAGAUGCAGACUAAGAUGAUGAUAAAUGUUUCUUGGAUUUUUUUCAACCCCAAUAAUUCUGCGAAAUUAACCAUUAACAGAAAAUAUGAAAUAAUUUAUGUGUUUCCAGGCAUACUUAAAAUUAUAUUGUAUUGAGGUAUUAAAUUUAUAAUAAAUUGCAUUUAAUUGAGAGGGUUUCCUGAAAAUAUAAAAAAACGCGUCUCAGUUGGAUCAUAACGUAAUACAAUUAAACUCCAAAUAUUGCUCAAUUAGAGAAAUUGAUGCUUGCUUUAUGGGAAAAAAUUAUAGUAUGAAUUUUAUGGGUUAUUAUGGACAGCAUUUUCAAUCACCUUAAUAACGUUUCCCAGAAUAAAACUCAACAAUACUGAGUAAUUUGGAGACCAAAUUACUCAGUGCUUAGGAUGAAUCACAGAGGUAAAUUUAACCCCUGUCUGGGUUUAAAAUUAGUGUUAAUUUAAUCCACAUGCAAGUAGAAACUCAAGGGCCAAAUUAUGAAUGAAAAAUUACUUGAAAACAAAUAUUUUUGGAAAUAGUUUUACUAAAUUCCAAAAUCAAUAAUUUUGUUAUUUCAUUUGGAAUUAAAAUGGAAUCGUCCUUUAAAAGAAUUUUUUAGAUUUUCGGCAGAAAUUCUAACGAAAAUCUGCAGAUUCUCGGCAGAAUUUCUGCAUUGGAAAUAUGCAUAGUCUCCAUUGUCUCAACAAAAAUAUUGUUGAUUUAUCCAGAAACUGUAGAAGUUACAAAGAAAAUGGUAUGUUCUGCUUAACAAGCAUUACCGAUUAAACAUUUUAGAUAACUAAAAAGUUGCGAGAAAAAAUACUAAUUUCUUAAAAAUCGCCCAUGGUAUGAUACAAAAACACGAAAUUUAGGUCGACACUCUGCUUGAAGUUUUCACUUCACUAUUCUCUCCUUGUAACACGGCGUCGCAGAAUUCUUUAUUUUAUAUAAACACUGUGAAAUCACCAAGAAUAAUUCUAUUGAAUUCCGCAAACUUCAGUGAAAAAUAUUCCAUCUUUUCAGACACAGCUGUCUGGAAAGUCUGGAAUGUAGAAAAAAAUCUACCGAAAAUCGACAAAAUAUCUACAGAAAUUCGUCAGAAUGUCCACUAGGAUUCGUCAGAAAAUCUGCAAAAAUUUCUGACGAAUUUUGUCCCAAGCCCAAAUAAAAUUCGUAGGAAUAUCUACAGAUUUCUCGGCAGAUUUUCGGCAGAGAUGUAGAUAUAUUCUGUAAAAAACUUAAAGAGAUCUGACGAAAUUUUUUGACGGGAUUUGAGGAACUUGUCUAUAUAAGUUUUGUUUGCGUAUUUUUUUUUUUAGUUUGUUCAGCCCAUUAUUGUCCCUAUACCCAACGGCCGCGACGAUUCCGCUGGAUUUCCAACUGUCUUUUCUACCAUGUCCGCGGAUUUUACCGCUAAAAAUCCGCGUGGAGUUCUCUGGUUUUAACUGCUAAAAACCCGCGUAGGCUUCCGAGAUAGAAUUUCACGCUAAAUUUCCUCUUAGUUUUCCAUAUGGACGUUUGCGGAACUGUGUAUAGAACUGUUUAAUAAAAAAAUGUCCGCGAGUUUCCAUGGACUUUCCUCUGAUGAAUAUUUCCACGUCUUUUCCUAUGGAUUAUUAGCGGUAUAAUCGGCAGUCAGCCCUUUAAAAAUUCGGAAAAAUCCUCUUUAUUUCCACGAAAUUCUCCGCGGAGUCUUCCAUGCAACGGCUUCGGAAGCUUCCAUGUUUUAAUAUUACGGAAUUCCACGACUUUUCCUGUGGAUUUUUUUUUAAUAUUUUAUCUUCAAAAUAAUUCCUAAAAUUGAUUAAAAAUGGCGUGGAAUUUUCAUAGAGAAUUUCCACAAAAAUAAAAAAACAUCCACAAAUAAAUGGACUUGGAGAGUAUUCAUCUAUCAGACAAACACUCACUUUGUUCUACUUUUCAGUGGAAAAUAUUGCUAUCAUAUCGUAUAUUUGAGUAUGUUUAGCUUGCAAGUACUCGGGAUUACUUCCAUGGAGUCUUGGCCGGAGAUAUAUCAGAAAAUACACUCGGAAUAUUCAAUGGAAAUUUUGUUUCAAUUUCCAAGGAAUGCUCUCAAUUGCAAGAAAAUACUUCGGAAUUUUUUUCAAGGAAAUCCACGCGAAAAAAGUUGAUAACUCCGCAGAAUGCCAAGCAGAAUAUUAGUGUUUAUUUUCCCGGAAGUUCACGCGGAAAAAUAGGAGAUAAAUUCCACGGAUUUUUCUGUUACUGUGAAACUUUGCGGCUGAUUGGCUACAGGGGUAGUUAUACUCGUUGUUACGUAUUUCCUUUCCACUUUGUACGGUAAAAUCCAGAAAACAAGAAAUCAGAGUACUCAUUCACACAUUGAGUUUGAGGGACACUGAGGAAAAAAAGAGGGUGCGAUUAACAUUUUUCCCUCAGAAAUUUAACACUUUCUAGGUGUAAAAAUAUAUCAUCAUUUUUUAAUGUUAAUUUUACACCUUAUUAAGGGUAAAAUUAACAUGAAAAAGAGUACCUUUAACCCCUAAUACACCUAAAAGGGUAAUAUUUACACCGAUUUUGAAUCAAAACUCCAGGGUAAAAUUAACAUUUCGGGAAUUUGUUAAUUUUACACCUUAUUAAGGGUAAAAUUAACAUGAAAGAGGGUACCUUUAACCCCUAAUACACAUAAAAGGGUAAUAUUUACACCGAUUUUGAAUCAAUACUGCAGGGUAAAAUUAGCAUUUCGGGAAUAUUAUUUUAACUUUUUCGGAUUUUUCUCACUCAGUGGACGUACUUUUCUUCACAUAACCUCUAAAAAAUACAUUUUGAAUUCAACCGUCGCGUCGUUCGAAUUUGAUGAGUUAAAAUUUCAAGAUUUUGAUAGAACCCAUUUAGGAAAGCUUCAAAUCUGAAGGCGACUUUGUAGAGCGUACGACCUAUUCGACAUAUGGCAGCCCAGUCGACGGCCAUAACUCAGCAAUCCUAAUUCUUUAUUCCUUUGACACGCCCAAACCCUACCAUACCCAGGCGGAUGCUAAAGGUUGUUAUAUGGUGCUCUUGUUGCUCAUGGCAAUUAAAACUAGUAAUUCGGUGAGUGAGCAUCAGUCACCGUGGACAGCUUACGUUCCUCAUUUUCCUUUUGGAAGUUAUUUUAUUACUUAAUUUAAAAUAAUCUGUCUGACAUCAAUGUAAUUUCCAACUCUUCCUCCCUUUUCCAUACAGAUUAAAAUGCAUACCUUUUGUUUAAAAUGUUUUUUUUUUUGUUAGCGAGAAAAUGUAGAUGGUAGUUUUGUAUCCUCUCAUUUGGUAAUUAAAUAUCCUUCCAGUGACUAUGUAUACAAUAUUGUGAUUGUUAUUCAAUUGAGAGAUACAGAGAAGAGAGUGUAUAGAGUUUGUGAACAACAAGGCUAACAAUGUAAAGUUAAUGAAUUUUUAACCCUCAACAGUAUCACUUUUGCCAUCAUCCUCAAACACCAACGCAAACGCACCCAUUGAUUCAGCACCAAACAACGCGGGAAAUUAAUGAACAAAACAAAAUAAAAAAAAGAAAUAAAGCAGAGAAGGGAUAUGAGAGGUUGACGAUUUAACGUGAAUGGAAAAUAAAGCACACGAGGAUUUAACUAUGGCGGAAAAAGUCAGUAAAUAACAAUGUGUCAAGCAGAAUUUGAAACUAAUUUACGAGAGAAAGAAAUUCAGAACAAAGUAAUAAAGCUAUAUUUUGCCUUUUCUUAACAUUGACAUAUGAAAAAUAUGUUAGAUGGUUUUACUGUAAUGUUUUUUUUUUCUUGGAAAAGAUUGUUUUUUUUUUGGGAGUGGGAGGCUCUGAAAAUGUAUUAUAAAAUAAUAUUCCUAAUUACAGUUUCUCGUUUAGGAUUAAUGUAUAGAGUUUUCUCUCACGGAAGUGUAAAGUGAACAGUUGAGCAUGAAGAGAGAAAAGAAUAAAUUAUAUAACAUAAUAUUGAUAAAUAUAUGGAGAAAAAACUUAAGCAAA